CAGCUGUUCUGUCAGUUUGGUGACGUGUGUGUGUGCGAGCUUAGCUUGAGUGUCUACAUAAUUCAAUCAAUUUAGAUUUUGUUUUGAGAGCAAGUGUUGGCUGAUUGUGAUCGCUGAAACAUUAAUUUGUUACUAGAUAAUAUACACCUUAUUAGUUUAACCUUUUGUAACUAUUCGUUAUAAAACGAUUUCACCAAUUUCUAAAUUAAAAAAGGACAAAGUACCUAUUUAAAAAAUAUAUAUGUAAAGAGACAAUUAAAAAAUUCAUGCUGAUUAUCAGAUUACUGAGUAACGCAAUAAAAUCUAAACUUCCUAAAAUGUCCCGCCCUUUUCUGCCUCUAUUUAUAGAAGGAGAAGUAAUCAAAGGUUUCGGAAGAGGAUCCAAGGAGCUGGGUUGCCCCACAGCAAACUACCCACUCAGUGUUGUGAAAACUUUACCUGAACAAAUAGAGCCUGGUGUGUAUUAUGGAUUUGCAAAGAUUGGUGGGGGGCCUGUCUACAAGAUGGUUGCAAACAUAGGCUGGUGUCCUUUCUACAAAAAUGAAGAAAUGUCUAUUGAAACUCACGUCAUACACUACUGCGGUCCAGACUUCUAUGGAGAAUACUUGAAAACAAUCAUUGUGGGGUACUUGAGAGCAGAAAUGAACUUUGAUUCUCUUGAUAAACUGAUAUUGGCCAUCAAUGCAGAUAUUGCCAAUGCUAUUACAUUCUUAGAUUUUCCAGAUGCACAAAAGCUGGUAAACCACGAUUUUUUUGUCUCCUCCAAACUAGGAGAAAAAUAAUUUUUAUUUCUACCUCUAUAAACCAAAUGAAUUUAUUAAUUUUAUUACUUUAUUUUUUAAGUACUUACAUACUAUUUAGUAAAAUGUUCUAUUUUAAAUUCAAUUUAAUUAAUAUUUUAAUUUAUUGUUACAUACAAUUUCCAAUAUAAGCUUUGUAAACUACGGGCAAAAGCAUAAUUAACUUUUAUAAUGGCCGAAGCAGACACAUGUUUACCCUAGUGAUGAGUAUACGUACAUUAGCAUUGUGAAUAAUAUAAUGUUUUGUACCUACUUAUCAGAGAUGAUGGUGAGUGCAUCCAUAUAUUCUUGAUAAAAGCGUAAAAUUAUACUCACUAUCUCAGUAAUUCAUGUAAAUCGUUUAUAUUAUGAAGGAUUUAAAUUGGGAGAAGUUUUGAGUUUCUAAUGACAUUACUUAUCUUUUAUCUUAUCGUUUUUAUUGACAAUAAUUCGAAUUAUUGCUGUUGGAGAGUAUAAAUGUUUGGUGAUUUUAAAGAAGAAUCGUAUCUUACCUACCAAUAAAUAGAACACUGUCAAAUUAUAUUAAAGUAGGUAGGUACCUACUAAACUAAAGGUAAUGUUAAACUUGUUAAUGCAAAUUCCUGCACUUGUGAUAUUUUGUAUUGUUGUAAUAAAUAUAUUUUAUUAAAAAUU